CUUCCUUUCGCGUAACCAUUGUUUGGCUUCGCUGUACCGCCGAUGUAGGCAGGUCGUCAUUUUUCCAUUUUCGCGCUUUGUCCGUACAUUAAUUGGUGCUGCUGAGCACAACACCCCACGUGCUCUGCCUCCAAGACCCAUCAAGCCAAGUGACAUGUCGGUCGCCUUUGCUCAACAGCAGAAAGGGCGACAUAACCCGAGUCCGGCUCAAAUACAAAAGAUGCUGGAUGAAAAUAGCCAACUAAUACAAGCUAUUGUCGACUAUCAAAACAAAGGGAAAGCUUCGGAAUGUCUGCAGUAUCAGCAAAUUUUGCACAGGAAUCUAGUCUACUUGGCAUCAGUGGCAGAUGCUGGUCCAGUGGUGCAGGCAUCACUUCCACCACCAUGUGGUCCAGGAGGGCCUGAUCAAGGAGGCAGCCCCGCUACAGGUGGCCUCAUGCCUGGCCAACAGUCAUAUGGGACAUCUAUGCAGUCACAGCAGCAAGCAGCUCCAGGCGGGCCUGGAGCUGGACAGCAGCCACCCAUGGGGGCCCAUGGUAUGUCUGGCUAUGGGCGAUCUGGGCCUCCACCUCCAUCCUCCAGCAUGGUCAGUCAGCAGCAGCCUAUGCCAGCACAGCAGCCGCAUCACCAACCGCCAAUGCAACACCAGCCAUCUUCACAACAGCACCCUGCAAUGAACCAGCAUGGUCAACAGCCACACAUGGGCCAACAGCCAGGUGGCCAGCACAUGGCACAGCCACCCUCACACCCAUCAGCCAUGCAGCCUGGCAUGGGCUCUGCACACCAGCCCAGUCAAGGCCACCAGAUGCCCCAGCAUACAGCCAGUCCACAGGGGCCUGUUCAACAGCAGAUGCAGGCUGCACAGCAGCAUCCAUCGCAACAUGGUGGGCAACACCAGGGACAGCAUCCAGGGCAGCACCCUGGGCAGCAGCACCCUGGUCAGCAACAUCCUGGCCAGCACCCUGGCCAGCAUCCUGGCCAACAUCCUGGUCAACACCCAAGCCAGCAGCAUCCAGGGCAGCACCCUGGCCAACAUCCAGUUCAGCACCCCAGUCAGCAUCCUGUCCAGCAUCCCGGGCAACACCCCAGUCAACACCCAGGACAGCAUCCAGGUCCACAUCCCAGCCAACACCCUGGUCAGCAGCAGCCACAUCCUGGCCAGCCACACCCAGGACAGCACCCUAGCCAGCCACACACCUCUCAGGCCCAAAGCCAGCAUCUUAGCCAGCACCCAUCUCAACACCCAGUACCCCAUCCAGCAUCGCAUCCAGCACAACACCCUUCGCAGCAUUCCAACCAGGCACAGCAGCCACAACAGCCACCUCAGCAGCAGCAGCAGCAACAGCAUUCCUCACCACCUCCGGUUUCCUCACCACCCAGUGGCCCAGGUACGCCACAGCAGCAGGGGCCCUCGCCUCCUUCCCAGCAGCAUCACCCGCCAUAUGGCAGCCAAGGUUCACUGAAUCCACCAAACCGAUCCAGCCCAACACCUAACCAAAGCCCUGCUCCACCAUCAUCGCUUUCAACCCAAAGCUAUGCGCAGCAUGCAGCACAUGGACAACAGGGUGCCGCCAUGGGAUCACAGCAGCAUCAGCCUAGUGGAGGGCCUGCCGGUAGCCCGUAUGGAGGCUAUUCGCCACAGGUAGGCCCAUCCCAGACCCCACCGCAGCAACGGCCACCUUCUCAGCCGUCCCCUGCCAGCACCCCACACCCGAGCAGCCCGUAUCCAGGCCACAAGAUGGCUGCCCAGAGUAGUUAUCCUGCAACUCCCUACCAAGCAGCUGGGUCCCCUGGCUUUCCAGGGGCCCCACCUGCAGGAGCAGCAGGUGCUGCUCCUCCUGCAGCUGCCUACCCUGCUACAACGUCUGCUUCUGCUGGCUAUGCACAAUACAGCCAAGGCUACCCACAGGGCUAUGGCGUGGCUUAUGGCUAUGGGCCAAGUGGAGGCUACCCACAAGGAGGGGCUUAUCUCGGUGCCUACCCUCAAGGGGGCACCGCAGCACCACUUCGUUACCCUGCAGGAUACCCUGGCUAUGGUCACUACCGUGCUCCUCAGCCAGCUGGUCAGCAGGCUGCUGCUUAUGGUGCCUAUGAGCAGCAAGGUUAUCCUCCUGGUGCCUAUUCCCAGGCUCAGUGAGCUUACAAAGAGAGCCAGCAUUUUCAAAAUGGAUGAUAGCCUCCCUCCCGUGGCUGUUGUUGAGCAGUGGAAGAACUCUAGUGCUCUUUCUGAGUGUUUCCAUGAAAUUGGUCUGCUACAGACAUUAUUGUCUGUGCACGUAACUCCCAGCAAAUGUCUAGUUUCUUUACGUCUAACUCCCAUUGAGCGUCAGGUUUCUUUACAUAGCUCAUUUUAGUUCACUGUGUAUAGUAGUAUUUUCUGUUUCACCUGGCUGUCACAUUGUGGCCGUCCAUGCGCACGUCCUGACUGAGUGUGUUACGCAUAUAAAAGACGCACACAGGGCUAGAACUCAACUAAUGUGUUUGUUCUUCAGUGUGUGAAGAUGGCAGCUUAGGUGUCGUUUGUAAAGAGGAUUAUUUGUGCAAAAUGAUGGUGCAUGUAUGACUGUUGUAGCUCUACACAACAAAGUCACACAUCACUUAUUACGUAUAUUGACAGGCAUGCUUUUGAGCUUAAUGCUCGAACGUAAGUGGACUUUAAUUUUUAUAAUUUUUUACACAAGGACUGUAUUUAUUCGCAGUUCUGAAAAGUGGACAUUUUAUUAAGACUCCUGCCGUGUUUACAAUUCUGUAAAGUGGACAUUUUGACACUAUUGCUGCAUUAUUGUGGUCUGAAGCACAUUGUCGCUUUUUGUUGUUUCUUGGCUACAUUGUUUACACUUGUAAAUGUAAUAUUCUUGCAUAUGGGUGCACGUUAGGAAGGUUUUUAUUGCUUUUACCUUGGAAUAUUGAAACAGUGCUGAGCUUAGCAUUGCUUGUACCAUAUUGCGUUGUGUAGUAGUAGUAGGCAUGUUUAGAACCACCUGUGUCAUGCUGUUAAGCUUUUUAGACACAAGGUCUUUAGCUUAGCUUUUCACUUUGCUUUUUCUUUUCCAUCUUUUUCUGGAUGUUAUGAUAUGGUGGUGCUUGUCAAAUAUCUGCUAUGGUACUACAUUUGUUAGUAUGAUACAAUACUCUUCGAAUUAUGGGCCAUAGUGCUUUUGUGACGUUCAUAUUGAUGCUGUUCCUAAAUGUGAUUAUUCAUUUUUCAUUGAGCUUUAAUUCCCAAAAGGAUUUAUUUAACUUUGUUGCUGCAGUUAGGUAGCAUGUUCGGACUCCUGUCAUAUUCGGACGGCCUGCAUGUUUCAGUGACCCUAACUUGGGGAAACGAGAACAUGUAGAAACUUCCUUUUUCUGCAUUUUUAUACUGGACACAGGAAUGUGCUGCACGGGGCCCUUGUUGGUACAUGUCAAAGGGACUUGCACAGUACAAAGAACAAAACGUAUGGUGAGAUCAGACACAACAGUCUGUAGUCUCGCCUUACAUCCUUUCCUUUGUGCUGUUCAGUUCCUUUCAUGCUAGACAAUGUUCGUUGCGAGAUCUGCCUACAGGUGUCGUUACCCACUAGUGCGGCUAGACAGGCAGUGAAAAUUUGUUGUAAUUAACUGCUGAUUGCUGCUGUUCAAAUGUGCUGACUACCACAAAGUGUUAACGUGCUGUCUUUGUUGAUCAUCGCAACUUGGAUGGCAUUGUAAGCCGCUAUUAUGCAGCGAUGCCGUUUCCAAUGCUAAUGCCCUUUCACACUUUGUUAGAAGUGAGAGAGACGGUCUGCCCAAGUUUUCAAUGACAUUAGAUGGCCGUGAGUAGUGCACAACAUUAGCAUAUAAUCAAGCAGAACUCAUCGCUACAAAAUGGUAGCCUAACCCUAUGUUAUCUUGGUGUGCAAUUGAAUAUAUGAAUGGGUGUAUAUGGUUUAAUAUGACAAAAAGUAUAGUACAACACACUGGUACACAGGAGGAGAUCCCAAGGUUGUAGAUUGUAACUGGACUUCUGUUACAUGCAAUUAAGUACAAGAAAUUAUGAAUGAAGAGGUACACCAGGGUAAAUGUAAAUGCAAUGUGAGACAUAACUCAAUGCUUCUAUUCUUAUAGCGGUGUUAAAAAUUAUAGGCUUCAGAAUAAAAAUGCCUCUUGUGUCUGAACAAGGUCAAAUACCCCUUUCAGUUAGUGUCUGCACAUGAAGAUGAAACAUAUCUUUCAUUGUUCCAAUUAUUGAUGGCAAUGAAAAAAUUCUCUGCAUAGUGCGGAGUAUGAAAAUGAAAAAAAUUCUCUACAUAGUGCUGAGUAUGAAAGUAACUCAGUGCUAACCAAAAAAAUUGUGGGUCUUUAAUUGACUUGACGUUGUAAAGGCCAAUGUACAGUAGAGCUGAGGGGAAGCCUCAGUGAUAAAAUGCAAGGUGAUGCAAAGCUAGGCGAAGAUGGACAUGGUUUAGCACUGAAGGAUGGCAUGGUUUAGAGAAGUUCAGCAUUGUCAACCAUCAUCUCAACCCUCGCUACAACGUUUUGCUACUCUCUUUGCCAUCGCACUACAUUUGAAACGUCCAGCGCAACAAAGGGGCUCAUCGACGCGAGCUCGCGCCUUUUACCAAGGAGCGCUGACGUCUUCACUAAUGUCGCACCGCCUGCGUUCGGCGUGGCUGUGCAUUGGCUUCUCCCCCAGCUGAUGCUGCCCUACAACCUGCGUCACUGCUCCUUCCCUCCGCUCACCCCUCCUUCUCUCCGCUUGACCACCUGCACUUCUUCAUCUCGGCUCCCUUCUCCACUUGCCUCCACUACACUAUUUCGCUACACCCUUUCACCUUCCUCUCCCUUGCAUCCCUCAAUUCCCUUUCCCACAUUCUAGGUAUACUAACCUAUACAUGGCUAUGCUAUGCUUUACUCUACCCUUCUCACCCUCCUUCGCUAUGUUGUGAGCAUCAUCAGACCCAUUUGAGCUUGGCUUUAACAGCUCCGCUGUAAAACAGUCAUAGAAGCCACUUCAGCAGAAAGAGCAGUGCAAAACAAAGGCAGAAGUAGUGCACUACCACAUUUUACUAGGUUUGGCAGUAUGCUUUGGAUCAGUGUAGUUAAAUUGUUCUUUCUUGCAACUAUGUAAACGGUGCAUCGUCUUGACUGAAUAUAUUGUUCCUUUCAUUAUAUUGCCAUUGAAAUGGACGAAGGAAGGGGUAUGUAUCCCGUUUUACAGUGCAGCUCCGAGGCGUUUGUUCCUGCAUUGAGCAUUGGUGUCUCGUCUCUCGUCCCUCGCAUUAACAGAUUCAGAGAACGCAAAGCACUGAGGGUAUGGUGAAAGGGUGAGGAAAUCAGUGCCGCUCGAGACUAAAAGAUGGCGCCAUAGUACUUUCUGGAAGCCAUGGAAUUACAUUAAAAUGUUUAACCGGGCAAGUUGGUGCGAUUCCAUCUUGAACGAAUAAACCGCGCGAAAGAACGAAGACGAACAUAAGAAACAAGACAAUUACUCUGGAACAUUCGACAAGUCAUGUAUUAGCCGAUGCACUUGACCCUCAGGUCGGAUAUUUCCAGUUCUUUCUAAACAGUGAGCAACACAACUGGUGGAAGUACUUCAUCUGCCACAGCUGAUAAACGAGCUGCCCAAGCAGAGGCUCAGCGGCGCUGACAUUGGAAUCCAGAGGUGCACGCCGCCAAAGCACCAGCUAGGUGCUGUUGCUGAGAAGACCUGAGUGUAUGCCACCAGAGCACAAGCUUAUAACCGCCACCAGGAGGACCUUGCAGUUCAUGCCACGGAAGCGUAAGCUCAUCGCUGCCACUACUGUGAGGACCCAGGAGUGCAUGCAUCCAAAGCAGAAGCUAUGUGCCAUCCCUGAGAAGGCCCCUAUCUUUUGCACUGCUGAGGUACAUGGGUAGAGCUGCGCUCACAUUUUGCAUUAAAGAGUAUUGUAACAGUCUUUUUUUUAGUCAGUCAUAUCAAGCCAAAAAGAGAAUGUGGGGCAUUUGUAGCUCUUAAUUGAAGUGUAUAUGACCUAAAGGAAAAAUGGAAGAGGGUGGAAAAAACAAGUUGCUGCUGGUGGGGACAGAACCCGCAGCUUUAGCGCCAUGAUUGGUUUGGUCGCGUGUAACAGUUACGCAUGUUAAAAUUUUUUUCUGCAAAGUUUGAGCCCUAUUUUAAAUGUACUAACAGAUUGCUAGGUUGCUUCAGCUGUAUUUUUUUUUAAGCACUUGAGAAACUAAAGCUAGCCUUGAGUGCUUGUGUGCAUGGUAAUAUUGAAACAAAAGUAAUUUUGAGGGCCAUCAUCGGCAGCAAUGCGUAUUGUGUGAGGUUUUGUGUGUCUCUUGACUAGUAGCUCCCAUGAGAGAAAGGGCAGGGUGCUAGGCAAUCUUUUUGGAAUGCAAACUGUUUUAACACCAUGCUUCUUUCAUACUUAGCAAACACAACUUGCAUCGCGUGGUCAUCAUGCCACGUUUGUAAUUUCCAAACAUGGCUAGAGGCACUUCAAUGUUUUGACAUGCUGCUUAAACUUUCGUGUGACGUGUUGUUCAUGCAGUAUUUUAUAAUGCUUUCUUCUAGCUGUGAGCACCUAUUUUCAACACUAGACUUUCUGUAAUGGCUGCAUAGUAAUAAUUCUAUGGCUGCAUUGUAAUAAUUAUGUGCAUAUGUGACUGUAUGGUACGGGUGUUCGUUUUUUUUAAUUGCUCACAAGUGUUCUUUACACCACUUAAUGGGGCCUUUGCGAAAUCACAAAGGUUGCAAAGUAUUGAACAUGUAGCAACAAGGAGUCUCGUAACUUGAGUAGAAGAAACACUACUAUUGUCCUGCAGCAAUCUUUCCAUGGUAUGCUUGAAGCACAAAACAGCAAUGGAAUUGGAACUAGUAGCCAAUGGAGAGUGCACACUCAACACUAGCAGUCACUUAAUGUUAUAACGCCAGGCCCAAUGCCUCUAUACACUGAAAAAAAAAAAGGGGCAUAAUGUCUUCACAGCUGUGCAACAAUCGUAAGAUAAAGUAUUUCGAGGAAAUGCACACCAUGACCCAUUGAGGCACUAGCUGAUGGUACAAAGAGGCAUCCACGCUAAGCUUAAUUCACACAGCCACCACUAGUGAUCUCGCAGCGAAUAUUCAGACUAGCAUCUGCUCUCUCGGGGUUGUGGUGGGAAAGAAAAAAAAAAUGCCAUAUGUAGAUUUUAGCCGUAUCAGCUGUUCAAAGUAGCUGUCCUUUGCUCACAUGGAUGUUCUCAUUGUUUGCAUAUUUUAGGCAAAGACACCUACGUCUUUUUUGGGGUUAUACUGUGUCAGGGAGUUCUUACUUAAAACCUAACACUAGAUUGUGCUCGCACGUGUGGUUAAAGUGAAGUGCAAACAAACCUCAUUUAGGUUGAUUUGCAAAAUGCUUUGAGAGUAUCCUUUCCACAUUGCACACUCCCUCCCUUCUGUCUGUUGUCAGGAAUGAAACGAAAAUGUGUUUAUUGCAUAACGUAUGAAAGUUUGCUGUUCAUACCUUUCAUUUGUCUCAUUUUAAGUGUAUCUGUUGUUGCCUUUUAGUUAAUUAAGUAAUGUAGUUGUGUAAUUACAUGAUGUAAAUACAUACACUGAUCAUUAUUUUGUGACUGGUAUUGUGCUUAGCUAGUACUUUGUAAUUGUGAGCUUUGCAUUGAUGGCUUUCUCACUGUCCUUUAUUGUAGGAUAGUGUAUUGUGCUGCUGUUCACUAGUACUAGGUCUGUGUAGUGGUAAUGCUUUUUUUUUUUUCAUAAACAGGAUGCAAAGCAAUAAAGCCCCCCCUCCCUUUUUUUUUUGUAAAUUUCAAGUACUUUUUGGAAGUUCAAAUAGGACUCAUUAGUUACCUAUGUUUUGGCUGUGACCUUCUUGGCCUUGUAUAUUUGUUAGCCAAGAUAUUUGGGGGCAUGUUUCUUUUUUCUUUUUCUGUUAUUAAUAUUGUGCUCAAUUAUAAGCUGUACAAGGUGCAUCUUGUUUAUUAAUAAAUCUUGCAUUUAAAAAAGACU